AUGAAGGUGGAUGAUGCUGGUUCGGAUGCGAUUCUGCCUUCAGAGGCCCCGGCGGACCUGCGGCAAAUGACGGAGGAGAAGUGGAUGGCCAAGUAUGGAACCACCCUAGCCAACCAGCUGGACUUCCAGUCCAGACACCCCAACUGGCACACCGACACCGACAGCUGGUGGUACAAAUCGUACCACUUCCCCGAGCUGGACGGGCCCCCUGACGCCACUCGGGAGGACAAGCCCCUCCACGAGCGCGCGGAGCUGCCCCUCUGGGCGGAGCGCGUGGGCCUGAGGGGCGGCGCAGCCCCUCGCCAGUCCGCCAGCAUCUACGGCCACCGCGCCGAGUACCUGCCCGCCCAGACAUCCGGCCCCGCCACCAUGCACGGCCGGUUCCAGCCCUCCUUCGCCCGGGUCCAGGCGAGCGAGCUGCCGGACCGCACUGACCGCCCCGACGGCAGGUUCUGGCUGGCUGGGGUGGCCCAGGGCAGGGUCUCUGACCCCUACCGCCGCGGCGUCUCCGGCAUCGCGCGCCGUAAGCCCAUUGUGGCCGGGCCUCGGACCGUGGCGGCGGUGAUCGAUGGCGAGAGCCACACGCUGGGCAAUGCCUUCCGGGACGUGGCCUGGGCGCACCCUGCGGUGGAGGCGGCGGGGUACAGUCAGGAGCACCCAGGGGACAUGCGCCUGUGA